UACUUCGGAACACAACCCGAAGUUCGAUCUUUGGUCCACAAUCUAAGAAAGUAGGUUAUGGGUUAUGCAGCGUCUUCGCGCUAUUCGUUGACUUUGUAGACUCCGUUAUAUGAUUGGUAGGCGUGCACAUAUAGAACUAACACUAGAUUUCACUAGAUCUGUGAUCUUGAUUCUAGACAAAAUCUAUUCAUAGUAUAUAAUAAUUGUUUAAAAAAAAACGUGCACAAUAGAUAUAAAAUCUUGUCUAAUAUUCUCUUUUUUUAUAUUAAAAAGUAAUAUACUAAUAAUGGCUUCGAAAUCAUGUUCAUCAUACCGAUACACUUCUGACUUCUAAGGCUGGACAACAACAGUGUAAACAAACACUCACAGUGAUUAUAGAUCUAGAUAUAGAAUCUGAGAGUUAGUCAACUUAGUGAGAGUAUCUAGAAUCUAGAACUACAUAGAUCUAGAUUAUAAACAUUUCUAAUGUUCAACUUUAGUUUUAAAUAUACAGUAUCUGAGUAUAUAAUAUAAAUAAUAGAGUCAGACUAUCUACUACUAGGACUAGACUCUCACUGAAGUCUAGAUCUAGAAUCUAAGAUCAUUAGACUCAUUAGAUGUCUAGGUUAACAGAUUAACAUCAUGAUAAAUAUUAUACCGAACGCUAUAAUUAAUUUAAGCCACAAAUCGACUUUGAGUUUGACAUGCAACAAUCGUUUGUUAAAACUGAAAUGCAAGAAAUGGUUUGUACCUCAUCAAUCGUGCUGCAGAAGUCGAUAUUUGUGUUCAACUUUAGCCAGUACUUUACCUGCCAUUGAACAGGAUGAGUCCACACACUUCAAGCAAAAAAUCAAGGCCAAAGUUGCUACAUUUGACCGUCCAUUUAGUGAGUUUCUCACUGAUACUUUUGGGAGGCAACACACAUACUUACGGAUUUCUUUAACAGAAAGAUGUAAUCUUAGAUGUCAAUACUGUAUGCCAGAGGAAGGAAUACAGUUGUCACCCAAAGAACACAUUCUCACUACCGGUGAAAUUUUAAAAUUAGCCAAAAUUUUUGUCUCUCAGGGAAUUACGAAGAUUCGCUUGACAGGUGGAGAGCCUUUGAUUCGUCCAGAUAUUCAACAGAUUAUUGAGGGUCUUAAUGAAUGCAGAAGUAUAGGUCUGCAACAUAUUGGCAUUACCACCAAUGCAAUAACUCUUGCAAGAAAACUUCCUGACCUGAAAGCGGCUGGUCUUGAUCAAAUUAAUUUGAGUCUUGAUACGCUGGUCUCUGCCAAGUUUGAGUUUAUCACAAGGCGACGAGGUUUUGAGAAAGUGAUGAAGAGCAUUGAGAAGGCUCUGGAACUGGGUUAUAAUCCAUUAAAGAUCAACUGUGUUGUGAUGAGAGGUCUAAAUGAUGAUGAAAUUUGUGAUUUUGUUGCCUUCACUGAAAACAGAGCUGUUGAUGUAAGGUUCAUUGAGUACAUGCCCUUUGGUGGCAACAAGUGGAACACCAACAAAUUUUUUGCUUAUCAAGAGAUGCUUCACAGGAUUAAUGCUAGGUGGCCCACACUGAGUCGACUCUCUGACAAGCCUAAUGACACUUCCAAGGCAUUUAAAGUUCCUGGGUUUGUUGGCCAGAUUGGUUUCAUAACAUCAAUGAGCAACCACUUCUGCAACUCAUGUAAUAGAUUGCGACUGACAGCCGAUGGCAACUUAAAGGUGUGUCUACACGGCCAGUCAGAAGUGUCUCUGCGUGAUGCCAUUAGAUCAGGAACCCCAGAUGCAGAACUUUUAGAGAUCAUUGGUGCUGCUGUCAAAAGAAAGAAGCGCCAACACGCAGAUUCAGGUUAUGCUUACAAGAACAGAAAGACAAACAACAUUGGCCAAAAGUCCUUCCCGUCUCAUUCUCAUCUUUUCAUGUUGAAUCAAUCCAAACCUUCUUUCAUCUCUUGUUAUUUGUAUAGCACUAUAAGACAAUCUUCUAGGCCCUGUUUACAUGGCAGAAACUUUGCUCAAUUGUAUGUUCCUGUUGUCACAUUGACAAAUCCAACAAGAUCUUGUGGUUCUAUGUCUCAUAUUAUUCUCAGAAGGAAACACUCAAAGAGAAAUCCAUCGACACCUGAUACUGAAAACAUUGCUGAUGGCAAAGCACAAGUUGAUCAGCUACAUAGGGAUGAGUCAAACCCAGGUUUAAAUUUCGAAGAUUAUGCUAAAAGGUACCAGGAAAUUAUGCAGUGGGGCCAAUUAGCUCAGGGAGAAACGAAUGAAGAGUUUAAAGUUCAAAGUCACCCAGAAUUAAUACAGCAUGUUAAAAAUGCUGAGGAUGUCUGUAAAAUUGGCGGAGAUGUUGCCGCAAGCACUAUUUCAGCUCAUCUCACUCACACUGACUCAAGUGGCAAGGCUGUCAUGGUCGAUGUGGGAAGUAAAGAGGUCACCAUACGAGAAGCGCGUGCCCAGGCUGUCAUAUAUCUUGGGCCAAUUGUUACCCGCCUUGUGGCAGACAACAAAAUGAAAAAGGGAGAUGUAUUGACCAUCGCUCAACUGGCUGGGAUUAUGUCUGCCAAGUUGACCUCUCAACUCAUUCCUCUGUGUCACAACAUCAGUCUGACCAAGGUCGAUGUCACCUGCAUUCUGGAGGAAGAAGCCCACACAGUUGUUAUCACCACAAUGGCCAGGACUGUUGGUAGGACAGGAGUUGAGAUGGAAGCUUUGACAGCUGCCAGUGUAUCAGCUCUUACAGUGUAUGAUAUGUGUAAGGCAGUUACCCACGACAUGGUCAUUACAGACAUUAAAUUGUUAUCCAAAUCAGGAGGGAAAAGAGAUUUUAAGAAAGUCUAGCUGCCAACUUUUGUCUUUUUUUAGCUGCCAACUUUUGUCUUUUUUAGCUGCCAACUUUUGUCUUUUUUUUAUUUAAGUCAACAUUUGGUUUAAGCGUUUCUUGAUUUAGACAACAGAAACUAGCAAGCAUGAAGAACUUAUUGUAUUUGAACUAGCUGGGUUUGCUGUAAAAUUAUUUUUUUUGUAUUGUUACAUUUUUCACCUUUCUGCUCUUAGAGUUUUGAAAUUAAGUUUGGGGAUUUCCUAAAAUAUUCAACUCUCUUGAACACUUCAACACAUUUCCUCCAUUGUUUUAAUGACUAGUUUUGUUUCUGUGAUAAACUGAGACUCAUACAUCAACCCAGUGAAUAUUUAUGAAUGUUUCAAAGCUAUUGCAGGAUAUUGGUUCAUUUCAUUUUAUAGUACAUUCUGGUGUCAGAAGUUUAUCUGGCAAUACACUUUUCAUUUUCAACAGUUUAUUUAUUUACUUAGUUUAUUUAAAAUAUGCAUUAUGUCUUUUGUUCUAUCUUGUGGUAAUGUUUUUAUUUCCUUCAAGUGAUCAAAAAAAACCUUUGAAUUGUUUCUUGUAUUUCAGAUAAAUAUAUUUGGAUGUUUUUGUUUAUUUAUAAGAGUAAUAUGCCAAGUUGUAAGAUGGUUUGAAUGUGAAUGUAUGGUCAAAUAAAAAUGGCAGCCACUGGUUUGAUCUUGACUUUGAUGUAUGUCUGACUGUAGAUCAGUGAUUCCCAAACUUUUUCUCUAACAGAACAUUUUACACAUGCAGAGUAUUUGCGGGAACACUUUACUUAUAUUUUAGAGUGAUUUAUUCAUGUGGUGGCCUACUAAUUAAUUACAGAAUUAUGUAAUUAACUACGUAAUUACGCAAUCAUCUUCUUGUUUGAAGUAACCUCUGUAUCAUAUAAGAUAAGAUAGUAUUCCAGUAGUUCAUGGAACACCUAUUCAGGCCUUGUGAAACACUAGGGUUACAUGGAACACAGUUUGGGGACCACUGGUGUAGAUAUCUGCUUUUAAACCUUUUUUUUUUUUGCUUCAUUUAACUGUAGUGGAAAACUUGGAAUCUGUUGUAGUAAAUUUGUCAGGUUGUGAUAUGGGCAGGUUUGUUUGAUUUUACUUGUUCAUUUUGCAAUCUUUGUUACUUUUUUAUAGACCUGUAAUUAGAUGUUGCCAUUUUUGUUUUAUUUAACUAGAAAUUGAUUUAUUUUUUAUUUGAUUGUAAUAUUGUUGUCAAAUUACAAUUGAUAUGUGAUGUUAUUACAAUCAGCCUGUAACAAAUUUAUUAAAUUAUUUUUAGCAUCCUCUGAAAGAGGGAAAGUCACUACAGGGGGUCCUCGGGUUACAACAUUGAUUGAUUCCUACAUGAGGAGUAAACUUAUAUUUGGUGUAAGUUGGAACAUACAUACUGUAUGUAAAUACUGUAAGCAAUUAUCCUAUCCUAACACCUAUCCUGCAUAAAUCUCUGAAAACACAUUAUGGAAAUAUUAAAUAUGUUUAGUAAUGAAAUGAAACAGUAAUAAAAAAAACAAAAAAAGAACAGGCUUAUUGGGAGAAAAAGGUGCUGGAGAUACUGGGGCAGGUGAAUCUGGAGAGGCAGAUGAAGUAGAGGGUACUAGAUCUCUUGCAGGUCUCUCUAUCUUCAUGCAAUACUGCUGAAGCCUAGAACUCCAAGAUCUUAUAACACUGCAGGCAAUCCAUGACCCCUCUGGCAACCUUAGUGUACCUGCCCAUGUUGGGAUCCUAAGCCUCAAACAUUGACACUUCCUCAAUCAGGGAAACACCUGCCAAGCCCUGCUUUAUAAAUCUCUUGGGCCCUGGCUUUGGUGUGUAUCAUCUGUCACUCAAAACAACUUAAAUCAAAACAAAACUUUAUAUAGUAUAUUAUAUAUAUAUAUAUUUAAGAUGUGUUGUAACCAUAAAACAUUGUAACUCUGGACUAACAUUACCCGAGGACCUCCUGUAUUAAUUUUGUGUAGUCUUUCUGUCUGUCUGUCUGCUGUCAUGUUAAAAACUAAAUGUGCUAUUGAAACUCCUAGUUCACUUUUGUUCUGUAGCAUAAUAAAAAUAGAUACAACAGCUACUGUGAUAGUCUGAAAAAAAAAUUAAAUAUAAUUUUUCUUCCCCAUGCAAAUAAUGAAAUGAAUGCAUAACUUGAGUUAAUGAUAAACUCUUACCAUUGAAGAUCUUUUUGAGAUUAAAAACAUUGACUACUUACAUUUUCCAUAUUGUUUAAAAUUUCUGUCUAUAUACUAGUUUAUGAAAAGAAUGUUUAUGAAUUAAAAUUGGAAAACAAAAUAAAAAUUUGACUUCGACUC